AUGGAUAACAAAAAACAAUCAAAAAGCAACAAACUGUCGGCGUGUAGUGUCGGGAGUGACGACGACUACGACGGUCACGUGAUCAACGAGGAAACCGCCCUCAUACAGACGAACAAGCACUCGGUCUGCAACUCAAGGAGGAGCAGCAACAAUAGCAACAUCAUCGUCAUUAGCACCUGCAACUCAAGAAGAAGUAGCAACAACAGCAACGUGCUCAACCUCAACAGCAGCAACAGCAGCAACUGCAACAGCAACAACAACAGCAACUGCAACAGCCACAACAAUUCUAAAAAGAAAAACAACGCUUGCAACCAGCAGAUGCCACAAAUCACAAUCAUCGAAAACAAAUGCGACGACAGCGAAAGCGACGCUAUCCGCAACAGUCGCAGCAGCAACAACAACGACGAUCAACAGCCACAGCAACAGAACGACCGACUGCUCAAAUGCGCCAAAGUAACAAACCAAGCGAGACACAGCGCUCCAUCCAUCUCCGUGCAAAACAUCGUCGACAAGCUCAUCCCCGUUGCCGCUGAAAAUCGAAAGACCGACACUUCCAACACGAGUACCGACAAUGUAGCGAUACCGAGACAAGACGGAUCCGGUUCUUUAUCACCCAUCCCUGUUAACAACUCAAACUCUAGUGUUCAUUCGCAACCUCCAGCAAGUCCUCUCACCAAUCUCUCAUCAUCUCACCUCCUCAAUCCCAACCAAUCAGGAACGGGAGAAAGAGAACGAAGUUCGAGUUUGCAUACCCAACCUCAGCCUCAGCAGCUGCAGCAGCUACAGCAGCUUCAACAGCCACGAUACAAACCUAUGCAACCGAUACAAGCAGCUGCCAGUACGACUGUUGAUAAGGGUCCGAGUAUAUCUUCUGUACUUAUAUCCAAGGUCAAGGACAGGAUUCAAGAUAAGGUCAUAAUACUGAUAACGAUCUUUUAA